UCCACAGCUGUCAAAAUAAUUUUACAGAACCUAUUGUAAUUGUUUAAGGGUUCAUUGACAUCAUACUCGAAAUCCAAAAGUAAUUGAUUAACAGUUUCAGAAUAAAGAUCCCAAUUAACGAGACGUAGGUUUAUACGAUUUAACAAAAGUUUAUUAACUUCAUCUAUAGGAGCAUGUUGUUCACCUGACGGAGUUGAUGAAGAGUUCUUUGUGUUUAUUUUAGUAAAAGUCGGCAGGUGAUAACUUCCUAACGGAUCAUCAUGAACCGACCACUCGCAUUUUAAUGAUAUGGAUGGGGAUACCAUAGUUAAAUCAAGGCCAUUGGGUCUCCAAAUAUGAGAGCCAACAGUAGUAACUUGCUUAUCAUUUAAUAGUACCAAAUUACAUUCAUCUAAACAAUCAAGAAUGUCUUUACCUCUUGUAUUAGUGGAGGUACAACCCCACAUAGUAUGAUGUGCAUUUAAAUCUCCAGAUAUGAUAGUGGGUUUAGGAAGAGACUCCAAAAAGAACUUAAAUUUGGCUUUAGUAAAACUAGGUGUACUAUUGGUAGGACAGUAAAUACUGGCAACUGAAUACCAAGAAUUAUUAACUUCAAUACUAAUAGCUAUAGUUUGCAAAGAAUUGUCGAAAAAAGAGUGAAGUUUUUUAUAUCUAAUACUAUUAUGUUAAAUAAUCGCUACUCCAUUGUGGUUAUUACCACAAUCAUUUCGUUCUAUACAAUAAUCUUUAAUUUUUAAUUUGUAAUGUGGUUUUAGCCAAGUUUCUGAGAUGAGAGCAAUGUGAAUAUGAUGUUCAUUUAAAAAUUGUGUAAAAAUAUGUCGAUUGCUCAGUAGGCUCUGAGCGUUCCACUGUAUGAUAGUUAAUUGGUCUCGAUUGAAUUUUGUGAAAUAGGUCUAUUACCAAAAGUAUCAUAUAACACAUUCAAAACACUUUUAGUGUUAAUAGAUGUGUUCUUUGUGUUAUGUAGUGAAAUAAGUUUGAUUAUGCUUUCUAUUAAAAGUGAUAAACUCUUGUUAUCAGAAUUUAGAAUUGAAAUUAGGUCUACAUUUUUUUUAGGUUUGUUACCCAGUUUAGGAAAUAUUUCAGUGCUAAGUAUAUCUCCAAAAGAAGCAGGUCUGAAUUUAGAUCUAUUUUCAGCAAUUUUCUUUUGUUUAACAGGGCAUUGCGGUGAUACACUUGUGUGAUUUCCAUUGCAGUGUACACAAAUAGCGUUUUCCAUUCCAGUUGUACAAGUUUUAUAAUUAUGCUCACCUUUGCAGAUGCUGCAACGCUCAGAAUUCUUACAGAAUUUAGCUAAAUGUCCAUACCUCAAGCACCGUAGCAUUGUUUAACUGGUGGUAUAUAUGGAGUGACAUUGUGGCGCCAACCUCCAAUAUCCAGAUAUUCAGGUAAUACAGAUGCAGCAAAAGUAAUUGUCACGGUUAGAGUUGGCUGUAACACAUAUCCAUGAGUCAAGAUUCUGAGUCAGUAGAAGUAUCUUCCGAAUAUAUAUCCUUGUCAUUACAAGGUUCAUGGUCUACAUCACCUGAAUCGUCAUCUUUUUUUUCCUUUUUCUACAACUGCGCUUCCCCAUGAAUGCUAAUUAUAUUACUGUCGCUGAAUUUAGUGAAAAUAUAAUAUUUUAUUCAAUAAUAAGAAUUGAUAGAGAUAGUUUUAAUAAAUUAAUAAAAAAAAUUUAAAAAACCCGCUUGUUCUUAUUCGAGUUUCCCGCCUUUCCGAACAUUGUAUAGUUGACAAUUAUCUUGUUUUGACAGAUUUAAACUUUUGACAUUUAGUAAUUUGAAUUUGACAAGUUAAGCUAACAAUAACAAUUUUGAAUUUGGAAUUGUUUUGUAAAAAGUUUAUUUCAUCACUUUUUUUCCUAAUGGUGCUCUAAUAUUACUAUUAUAAUGAGACGUAGCUUAGCGCCGAGUCAAAUCGGCUCUGGCGACAACGUAUUCAAAAGUCCUUUACUAAAUUCAAAACGAAAAAAGCGGGAAUGUGCACGAAUUCCGCUCGCUCAGAAAUCUCCUUCGCAAACGAUGUCUUCCUCGGAACACGAGAAUUUAAUCAGACAGAUAUUAAGUAAACCCUUCAAGGUACCUAUACCGAAUUAUGUUUCAUCGUAUUGUAGUAAAAGUUUGGGCCUAAAACGUAGUCAAGUGAGACGGGCGCUACACGAUCCGGACGAGCCGAACGCACUAGUUUUAUAUCGCCCUCCGUAUAUACCUGAACACGAGAAAAUGAAAAUGAGCCCUAACGACAUAAAAGUAGCAGUUGUCGUCGAUCCAGUAUUAGGAAAUAUAUUGAGACCUCACCAGAGAGAAGGGGUGGCCUUUAUGUACGACUGUGUUACAGGAAAACAGAUUGAGAAUGCGUAUGGAUGUAUAAUGGCCGAUGAAAUGGGUUUAGGUAAGACAUUACAGUGUAUCACUCUGCUUUGGACUCUUUUACGACAAGGGCCCGAGUGCAAGCCAACGAUCUGUAAAGCUAUCAUUGUUUGUCCUAGUAGUUUGGUAAAAAAUUGGUACAAUGAAAUACAAAAAUGGCUUGGACAGAGAAUAAAUGCGCUGCCAAUGGAUGGCGGUUCUAAAGCGGAGAUAACCUUGAAGUUGCAGCAAUUCAUGAAUACUUACUCAGCAACUCGAGUGGCCACACCAGUUUUGAUAAUUUCAUAUGAAACAUUUAGGAUAUACUCCAAUAUACUACAUUCAUCUGAGGUUGGUUUAGUUUUAUGCGAUGAAGGGCACAGACUGAAAAAUAGUGAGAAUCAAACCUACCAAGCAUUGAUGGGUUUGAAAGCUAAAAGAAGGAUACUAAUUUCGGGAACUCCAAUUCAGAAUGAUCUAACAGAAUAUUUCAGUUUGGUGCACUUUGUUAAUGAAGGUAUACUUGGCACUGCUCAAGAGUUUAAAAAGAGGUAUGAGAAUGCUAUUCUGAAAGGACAGGAUGCCCUAGCAACCCCUCAGGAAAGGGAAAGAGCACAAGAGUGUCUUCAAACACUGACCUCCAUUGUCAAUAAAUGCAUGAUCAGAAGGACAAGCACGCUACUCACUAAAUAUCUACCAGUGAAGUUUGAACAAGUCAUUUGUGUUAAAAUGACUCCACUGCAGACAGAAAUAUAUAAGAAUUUCAUUAAUUCUGAUGCUAUUAGAAACAAAUUCACAGGCACUGGAGAGAAGAGCAACACACUCAGUGCUCUAUCCAAUAUCACAACACUUAAGAAAUUAUGUAAUCACCCUGAUUUAGUUUAUGAUAAAAUUAUGGAAAGAUCUGAAGGGUUUGAGAAAGCCAGAGAUCUGUUACCGACCAAUUAUGAUAUUAAAGAUGUUAAACCAGAAUAUUCUGGUAAACUCAUGAUUCUCGAUUGUAUAUUAGCUAAUCUGAAGACAAAUACAGAUGACAAAAUUGUCUUAGUGUCAAAUUAUACACAGACUUUGGACUUAUUUGAGAAAUUAUGUAGGAAACGCUGUUACCAGUAUGUGAGAUUGGAUGGUUCUAUGACCAUAAAGAAAAGGGCUAAAGUUGUCGAGAGCUUUAACAAUAAGGAAUCGAAGGAAUGGAUAUUUAUGUUGAGCUCAAAAGCUGGUGGAUGUGGUUUGAAUUUGAUUGGUGCGAACCGUUUAAUCAUGUUUGAUCCGGACUGGAAUCCAGCUAACGAUGAGCAAGCUAUGGCCAGAGUUUGGCGUGACGGACAGAAGAAACCUUGUUACAUUUACAGACUUCUAGCAACUGGUACUAUUGAAGAGAAGAUAUUUCAAAGGCAGGCCCACAAGAAAGCACUGAGCGACACAGUUGUUGAUCAGAAUGAGGAUGCUUUACGUCACUUCACAUCAGAAGACCUCAAAGACUUGUUCCGUUUAGAGGAAAACACUCUAUCAGAUACGCACAGCAAGUUUAAGUGUAAGAGAUGUGUGAACAAUAUCCAAGUAACAUUGCCUCCGGAAAAUUCUGAUUGCACAUCAGAUCUGUCUAAUUGGUACCAUUGUGCCGAUAAGAAAAGCUUGGCUGAUCUUGUCCUGAAGCAGUGUUGGGAUUUAGCUAAGAGUAUUUCCUUUGUUUUCCACCAUCGAUCUGCUCCAACGGAGGCAAAGAAUGAAAACAGUGAAGAAGAGAAGGAGAAUAUUCAAGAACGGAAGAGAAGAAAGAUAGAUCAUGAUGAAGAUUACUCUGAGCCUGAUGAUAGUGCUGAUGAGGAUUAUGUGUAAUAUUUUAUAUCAUUUUGGUGGAUUUGGUCGACAUUUUUUCUGAUUUAAGGAUUUCAUAAUUAGUUGAUUGUAAAUAUAUUUUAGUUAAAUUAUGGAGAACAUGAUUGCAGGAAGUUUAAUUAUCAAUAAUGUUGAAA